AAGCAGCGGUAACCGGAGACGAAUGCAACAUUUCCAACGCAAUCGUCGUGCAGUCAACAUCUCAGGAUAGCCUCCUCGAAAGAUCGAAGAAGUUCUUCAACAGGUCAUUCUUCAAGUUACCGAUACACACACACACAAUAUAAACAAAACCAAACGAAAUGGCCACCAAAUACGAGAUGUCCAAAACUUAUCAGUACCGCAAGGUGAUGAAGCCUUUGCUGGAGCGGAAGCGUCGUGCCAGGAUCAACAAGUGCCUGGACGAGCUCAAGGAUCUGAUGGCCGAGUGCGUUGCCCAGACUGGCGAUGCCAAAUUCGAGAAGGCCGACAUCCUGGAAGUCACCGUGCAGCAUCUCCGCAAGCUGAAAGAGUCUAAGAAGCAAGUGCCGGCCAAUCCCGAGCAAAGUUUCCGUGCUGGAUACAUCCGUGCAGCCAACGAAGUGUCCCGCGCCCUGGCCUCCCUUCCCCGUGUGGAUGUAGCUUUUGGAACCACACUGAUGACCCAUCUGGGCAUGCGUCUCAACCAACUGGAGCAGCCCAUGGAACAACGGCAGGCAGUCAACACUCCGCUCAGUAUCGUCUGCGGAUCCAGCUUGAGCUCCAGCUCCUACUCCAGUGCCAGCUCCUGCUCCUCGAUCAGUCCCGUUUCCAGUGGAUAUGCCAGCGAUAACGAGUCCCUGCUCCAGAUCAGUAGCCCCGGACAGGUGUGGCGCCCCUGGUAAACUAGAGAUCCAGUUCGAGGGACUGAAUUCCCGACGGGCAAUCACGCAAUUGGAACCGCAGCUUUAGAAAAAAUGCUUUACAAUGAUCCUCAUUUAUUUGUUACGUUACCAAGUUUUAGGUUUCUAAGUUAAGUCUGUGAUAGGGCAC